GAAAGACAAUAAACCAAGAGAAGAAGAAGAAGAACGUGUAGAAUUUCAUGAAGCAGUGUUUCGAAAGCGGGCAUCACUAAAGUCUAAUUAAAUCGUCUUUAAUUAUUUACUUGGUUUGUCAGCAGGAUUUAUUAAUACGCUAACUGUUAGCAGUGAGAUUGAGUUUUCUUACCCGGACUCACUGUUGUCUCUGGAGCAGGGAUCCAUUGUCCGGACAGCGUCACAAACAUCUCCUGACUCAUACAGUUGUGUACUUUGAGUUCACACCUAUAGAGUGAAAGUGAUUGAGACCUUCAGUGAAGCUCCUCCUACAACAAUCCACCAAUAAAUGCUGGAGUCAAACACACAGAGAAAUCACUCCAUGUGUGACAACUGAAAUCUUCAUGACAUAAUGUUGGUGCCGGUGAAAGAGGAGCUUGAGAAGGUGACAGAUCCACAACCAUGCAAAAUAAAGGAAGAAGAUACAGAGGAACAAAUAGAUAUGAUGGAAGUGAAAGAGGAGAGUCAAGCUGAAGUGGAUGAGAAACAUCAGAUUGUAAAAAUAAACCAUAAUUUUUCACAGAAAGAAACUCUGAAGACAGAAGACAUAAAGUGUGAAAAUAGUUUCAGAGAAGAUGAACGCCCUGAAGAUCACAAGAGGACUCACAGUGAGGAGAAACCUUACACAUGUCAACAGUGUGGAAAGAGUUUCAGAACAAAAGAGAACCUUAGAUCACACAUGAGGACUCACAGUGAGGAGAAACCUUUCACAUGUCAACAGUGUGGAAAGAGCUUCAGAAGAAAAGCUCACCUAAAAGAUCACAAGAGGACUCACAGUGAGAAGAAACCUUUCACAUGUCAACAGUGUGGAAAGAGUUUCAGAAGAAAAGAUCACCUUAAAACACACAUGAGUAAUCACAGUGAGGAGAAACCUUUUACAUGUCAACAGUGUGGAAAGAGUUUCAGAAGAAAAGAUAACCUUAAAACACACAUGAGUAAUCACAGUGAGGAGAAACCUUUCACAUGUCAACAGUGUGGAAAGAGUUUCAGAACAAAAGUUAGCCUUAACUUACAUGUAAGGAUUCACACCGGAGAAAAAACACACGCAUGCCAUCACUGUGAAAAGAGUUUUAAAACUGUCGGUGAUCUUAACAAACAUUUGAGGAUUCACACUGGCGAGAAACCACACGCAUGCCAUCACUGUGAAAAGAGUUUUACAACUGUCGGUGACCGUAACAAACAUUUGAGGAUUCACACUGGAGAGAAACCAUACACAUGCCAUCACUGUGAAAAGAGUUUUACAACUGCCGGUGACCUUAAGAAGCAUUUGAGGAUUCACACUGGAGAGAAACCUUACACUUGUCAACUAUGCAGAAAGAGUUUCACCUUUAACUCAGGCCUUUUCCAACACAUGAAAACUCACAGUGGGGAAAAGCUACACGCAUGCCAUCACUGUGACAAGAGUUUCCUAGAUAAAGUUAAACUUAAGAUACACAUGAGAAUUCACACUGGAGAGAAACCAUUUACAUGUCAUCUGUGUGGAAAGAGUUUCACAAUAAAAACUACCCUUAACGUACACAUGAUGAUUCACACCGGAGAGAAACCACAUCCGUGCCAUCACUGUGAAAAGAGUUUUGUAACUGCAUGUAACCUUAGAAAACAUUUGAGAAUUCACACUGGAGAGAAACCUUACACUUGUCAUCUGUGUGGAAAGAGUUUCGUUACAAAUCCCAACCUUAAAAUACACAUGAGGAUUCACACCGGAGAGAAACCACAUCCAUGCCAUCAGUGUGGAAAGAGUUUUACAACUGCAGGUAAACUUAAGACUCACAUGAGAAGUCACACUGGAGAGAAGCCUUACAUAUGCUCUCAGUGUGGAAAGAGUUUUUCUGCUGAAAGUAACUUUAAGAUUCAUGCAAGAAUUCACACUGGAGAGAGAGCGUUCACUUGCCAUGAGUGUGAAAAAUGUUUCAGAAGUAAGAGUAACCUUAUAACACACAUGAAAAUUCACAAAGGAGAGAAACCUCACGUGUGUUUUCAGUGUGGAAAGUGUUUCAGUAUGGAGUGUCAACUUAAGAAACACAUGAUAACUCACAGCGAAAAGAAACCUCACGCAUGUCUUCAGUGUGAAAAGAGUUUUAUAGAUAAACGUGGACUUGAGACUCACAUGAGAACUCACACUGGAGAGAAACCUUACAUUUGUCCUCACUGUGAAAAGAGUUUUACAAGUGAAGGCACUCUUAGAUCACACAUGACAGUUCACACAGAAGAAAAAACUUUCACAUGUCAUCACUGUGGAAAGGGUUUUACAGUAAGACGUGACCUUAAUGAUCAUGUGAGAAUUCACACCGGAGAGAAACCAUACGUGUGUCAACAGUGUGGAAAGAGUUUCAGGACAAAACCAAACCUUAAUGCACAUUUGAUCACUCACACUAAAGAGAAACCGUUCACAUGCCAUGAGUGUGAAAAGAGUUUCAAAACAAAAGCUAACCUUAAAAAACACGCAAGAUUUCACAAUCAGUAGAAAACAUUCAUGUGUCAACAUUGUGGAUAUGGCAACAAAGUUUAGAAAUCAGAUGAGGUCUUAUUAAUAAAACUGUCUGGAGGAUCCUUACUCAAAGUCUACAUGCAUACAAAAGCCAAAAAUGGCGUAUGGCAAAAAAGAUUGGGACCGUUUCUCAUUUUGUGUUCUUGUGAAACAUCAUCAAUUGCAGCCCAAGAACUGUUCCAAUUCCAAGUUCACAUCAAGUCAAGUUCACAUAACAUCUCAAUGUGUUCUUGAUCCACUCAUUUUAUCGAGAAUGCAUCAGGAGGUGACUUGUGUGGACUUACGACAGAAAAGUUUCCCAGAAUGCAUUUCACAUCAACGGCAGUGGAGCUUAAAGUCUGCACAAUAUUUGAAAUAUUACUCUUUUUGUGUCAUAAAAUGUAGCCGUUUAGUCGAGAAUAUAGAUGAAUAAACUUCAAAUCCGUGGUCAGUUAGUAAAGAUAGCGCCUAUAUUAACAUUUCCUCUGAAAAUUUUGGAUAUUUGAGUUCAAGUUCAUCCUCGGGCAGUCAGCGCCGUGUACAACGCCCAGAGCAACCUCAUCUCUGCAAGUCCUUCUGAAAUUUGCCACUGUCUCAGUGCAGCUGCUCUGCCCUUCAGUCUCAUCAAUUAAUUUUUGUUUAUUAUUCAUUUGAAGUGUUAUUUGUUAUUAUCAUAACAUGAGAGUAUGGGGAUAGACUCUCUUUUGUAGCGAGCCAGUUGAUGAAUUGCAGUUUAAGCUGGGUACACACCAAAAGAUAAUCGGGCUGAUUUGGGGCUGACCCCCCCCUCCAACAAACUAUCAUAUUAUGUUUGGAGUGAUUUGGUUCGAUAAUAAGUAUCUCUGUCUUAUUGGAGUUUAGCAUAAGGAAGUUAUGUGCAAUCCAGUCCCUAAUAUCGCUAAUGCAGUCUGUUGGCUUAGAAAACUGUUGGGUUUUGCUAGAUGUGACGAGAUGUAAAGCUGGAUAUAAUACACAAAGCAGUGAAAACUUAUGUUAUGUUUCCUGAUAAUGUCUCAUAGAGGUAACAUAUAUAACGAGAAUAGGAUAGGACCUAAAACGGAACCCUGUGGUACGUCGUGUUUAACCAGGGAUUGAUAUGACUCUUCCUCAUUUACAUAAACAAAGACCACAGAUACCAACAUAGUUUUCUAGUCUGUUGAGUAGGAUUGUGUGAUCUAUUGUGUCAAAGGCUGCUCUAAGGUCUAGUAAUAUAAGAAUUGAGAUUUCACCACGAUCGGAUGUUAAAAGGAGGUAAUUUGUAACUCUAAUUCUGAUUGGAACUUUUCAUAUGUACCAUUAUUCACUAAGAAUGUGCAUAGCUGGCUUGUCACUACUUUUUCUAAUACCUUAGAAAGAAAAGGGAGAUUUGAGAUUGUUAUUAAGAUCUCCCUGGUCAAGGUGUGGUUGUUUAAUGAGCAGUCUAAUAAAUGCUAGUUUGAAAGCUGUCUAGCGAUGAGUUAAAGAUAUUUAGUACUGGGUCUGACACUACAGGGAAUACCUCUUUUUAAGUAGUUUUGUGGGAACGGGGUCUAAUAUACAGGAUGAUGAUUUGGAUGAUGUUACUAAUUUAGACAGCUCUACUAUUGUAUAAGGUUGUAUAAGGUAUAUUGUAUAAGGUUUAAAUGACUCAAGAUGUUCGUAUGGUAAUACGACAAACAGUGGCUGUUUGCGUAGCUUCGAAGUUUUCCCUAAUAACAGUAAUUUUCUUAGUAAAGACGUUCAUGAAGUAGUUACUAUUGUGUUGGAGUUUGCUAUUGGUUUCUGUUUGUUCUUUGUUUCUAGUCAGUUUUGAAACUUUGUUAAACGAGGGUUGUUAUGAUUUUCUUUAAUAAGCUUGCUGAGAUAGGUAGAGACAAGGCAAGCAUUAGCCAGCACUUUAAGUUUGCAUCUAAUGUCAUGACGCUCUGGCUCCCGGUAUACAUUCGACUAUGGUGGCUGGUGUCUCAAUCUUCAUGUUGUUGAGAAUAGAAUCACCAAUAACCAGGGCACUUUUAACAGACAUAUCAGCAGGUGUAUUGCUGAGGGAGGAGAAUCUGUUAGAAAUGACUACUGGAGCGUGAGCUGGUGGGCCCCGGGUACGACUCUGCCGCCUGACAGUCACCCAGUUAGUCUGCCACCUUGACUCUGAUGUCAGAACCGAGCCAUGUGUAUUACACCUAACACUAGAGGCAACCGAAACAGUGUUUGUAACAUUAGCGUUCUUACUGUCCUCAACUAGCGUUCGGAUGCGCGCUUCUAGAUCUGCAACCUUCUCAGUCAGCCUUACUACUUCAAUACACUUAGUGCAUGUAAACCCCUUUGUGCUUACGGCAGAAGCUAAACUGUACAUGUGGCAAGUAGUAAAGGUUACAAUAAGAAGCGGAGUCUUACUGCUUUCAUGCUGGGCGAUGCGGUCUCCGUUUAUUCGAAUGCGGUCCCUAAAGGCAGAUUUACAGUAAGCAGACAUAAGCAAAUGCUACUUGAGCCGGCACCAUUUGUUGAUGCUAGCGGGCUAUAUGCUAACACUGGGUGUUUACUAGUGAUAAAUCGUUUCGCUUGGUAAUACUGUUCAAUAAUCGUCACGGUAAAGUAUUCCUAAGAUAAACUAAUAAGUUAUAUUAUAUAGAUGGGAACAAGAUAGUAAGAAAAUAAGAUUUAGAUGAUGAACACGACAGAGCUCCAAUGCACGCAGCAGCGUUGCGUCUCUCUCUCUCUCUCUCUCUCUCUCUCUCUCUCUCUCUCUCUCUCUCUCGCGCGCGUCUCUCUAUUGCGUCUCUCUUCACUUACUUGUCUCCACAACACAUGCACAUUUAGGCUUUCUGCCUUUGUGACAACCAGAGAUGUAAAAAAGCAGUCCAGUGUAUUUAAUGACAUUUCUUUAUGCCCGUUGUUUGUUAUCUUUGUUUACUGUAAAGUCACGUUUGGACCGAGAAACAUUGCAAGAUUUUGUGUGAUUUCCUGUGUUCACAGUCGAGCGUCUGCCGUCUGGUUGAAAAUCUGUCCGUGUAUGGUGUGCUGUCUUUGUCACAUCAUUGCACACCACAAUCUAUAGGAGCAAAACAGUUAAAUCUAGGAUUUUUAUCCUCAUGUUUGUGGUCUAUCACAUUUUGAAACUCUUAUGAUGUAAAAUAUCUUUUGGUGUGUACCCAGCAUUAAAUCACUUCCAUAUUGCCCCUCAAAAUGCUUGUGUUGCCUGAACCACAUUCAAGCAAGGUUUUUGCAUUUUAUAUAUAUAUAUAUAUUUUU